AUGCCCUUCUGUUCCAAACAGCUUAUGAAGAGGACCUUUAAGACAUGUGCUCAUGAAGAAUUUAUCGACCGUACUUCUACUAAGUCUUGGAGGGAUAUCAUCCUAAAUUUGCGAAACGGCCCAAGACGAAGAGCGGUGGCUGAAUUCCGCUUGACCACCGGUCAUGACUGUCUGCGGAAACAUCUGUCUAGAUUUGGUAUCGUUCCUUCCCUGGUAUGCACUCUUUGCAGUUCUGGUGAGGACAUGGACUCCAUGCGCCUUCUCCCCAGCUCUGCACUUUGCGGGAAUUCUAUCACUGAACGCUAUUGGGAAGCUAGAGACAUGUUGUGA